AUGUUUUUGUUUUCUUUAUGUUUUAAACUGUUACAGGGACCGUAUGAUGUGGUGGUUCUACCAGGAGGUAAUCUGGGUGCACAGAAUUUAUCUGAGUCUGCUGCCGUGAAGGAGAUACUGAAGGAGCAGGAAAACCGGAAGGGCCUGAUAGCCGCCAUCUGUGCAGGUCCUACUGCUCUGUUGGCUCAUGAAAUAGGUUUUGGAAGUAAAGUUACCACACACCCUCUUGCUAAAGACAAAAUGAUGAAUGGUGGUCAUUACACCUACUCUGAGAAUCGUGUGGAAAAGGACGGCCUGAUUCUUACAAGCCGGGGGCCUGGGACCAGCUUCGAGUUUGCACUUGCAAUUGUUGAAGCCCUGAACGGCAAGGAGGUGGCGGCUCAAGUGAAGGCUCCACUUGUUCUUAAAGACUAGAGCAGUGAACUGUGACGAUCACUUAGAGAAACAGGCCAUUAGGAAUCCAUUCUCACUGUGUUCGCUCUAAACAAACAAAACAAUGGUAGGUUAAUGUGUUCAGAAGCGGCUGUUACUACUGCUUUUGUGGAAGUAUAGUUGUGAAGUCACAACUACACAGAGAUUUCUCAGCCUACAAAUUGUGUCUAUACGUUUCUAAGCCUUGUUUGUAGAAUAAACAGGGCAUUUAGCAAACUACU